CCGCUCUGCAGACGCACAUCUUUCGUUUCCUAAUACUCUUGUAACAGCGUUAGCGAAUCAAUCAGUUUCGAGGUCAGUCUUUUUCAACGUGGGAGCGUAAUUGGAAGGAUCAUUUUUCAAGUUUGGAGGUAGAGCCAGUACCAAAACUGAGCAACGUACUAGUGAAGCAACAUCAGCCAGUAUCGGCUCAAACCCCAGGCCCAUAGAGACAGAGUCAGCCAGCAACAGCAGAGAUGCAGGCAGAAGGCUAAACAGUGCAGUUAUAAGAGAGGGGUGCAGAGAAGACAGCUUUAUUAAAACAGUAUUAAAUGAAGAGAAAACAUCUUAAGGAUUCACAAUGACUCAUCAGGAGGACCUGUUAAACAGAUUGAAAAAAGAUAUAAGAUCCCUCCUGAUCGCAUCCAAAAUGGGAGUUGCCAUCGAGCAUCUUCAACAUGACUAUAAGAAAAUGCUUGGCCAUGCUAUUCCACUUCGUGAUUUGGGAUACCAUAGUGUGAUAGACAUGGUCAGCAGCAUGCCUGAUGUGAUUCAAGUGGAAUAUACAAAUGCAGGUUCAACCAUUCUUAAAGGUGUUGGCAAUGAUUCCACCAGAGGCAUAGAGGAUUUAGUUGCCAAACAGAGGCCUCCUACCAGAAAAACUGGACACAAUAAUAGAGGCUGCAAAAUGCGCAACUGUGAAUUGCCUAGGCCGCACAGAAGAGCAAAGGUGAUCCCUGUUCUUCCUGCAGCUCUCUGUUCCAAGUUAAAGCAGCUGUUAUCUUCCUCUCCUGUCCUCCUUUCUCAACUGGAAGAUGCCUUCCGUUCAAGGUUUGGCCAUUCCUUGCAAGCUUCUCAUUAUGGUUUCUACUCAAUCAUGGAAAUUUUACAGAAGAUGUCAGAUAUCGUGGUGGUGGAGCAAACCAGAGCAGGCUCUUUGUUGUGUCUAAAAAAACCACCACAAACAAAUUCUCUUCAGGCUGGUUUUUCUGGUAAAGCACCCUCUGACAGUGUUACAGAAAAUACAGCGAACCAGUAUAAAUCUGAAUCUGUACCAAAGAAAGAAGUUGUUCAGCUGACACCAGAGUCUACAGCUUCCAAGCCUUGCAGUGCUUUAGCAAAGGUUUCUGGGCUGAAAUUGGAUCACUCACACAAGAUGCUUUCACAGCUGCCAACAAAAAGUGGAACAUUUGAAAACAAUAUCAAAAAGUUGGAGAAGCAAAUAAAAGCUGAAAUAGCAAAAUGCGGACCUGCAGGUGGCGUAAGCCAUGAGCUGAAAAAGAAGAUAAGAUCAGUGGUAUCUCAACAUCCCACAGGAUUGCCAGUAAACAAAUUGCCUCUAGAAUAUAAGAAAAUGUAUAAUGAAGAUUUGCCUGUCAGUCAACUGGGAUUUAUAAGUGUUAUUGAUUUAGUCAACACUUUGAGUGACACCCUGAUUUUGGAUCGCGGCAAAGAGGAUUUAAACAUAAAUUGGCUAGUGUUUGACAUCCAGCAGGCUGACACAAAGUCUGGUGUGAAGAACAAGAGUGAAUUUCAGUCCUUAAAUCAAUCUAAUGACAGCUAUCUUUUGUCUAAUCAAAUGUCUUUAUGGGAGGACAAUAACAUUGAGAAGCUGACUGAGAAAGUAGAGAGUGAUUUUAAAAUUGUAAAUAUAAAGUUCCAGCAGACUCUGGACAUUAGUGAGGACGAGAUCUGUAAGCUGCAAGCUAACUCCAGGGGACCACUAGAUGCAUUCCGAGAUGGGAACCUGCAGCCACCUCCACAAAUGGAAGAAAAGACUAUGGUUUCUGUGCUAGUAGAGACAGUUGUUUCUCCUAGCCAGUUUUAUGUUCGCUUUAAUGAGACAGAGGAUUGUAAGCUGUUGUUAAAUAUGAUGAUUGAGAUGAGGGUGUGCUACUCUUCUAAAGAGGCAUCACAAAGGUACCGGCUUCCUGAGAACUUCUUUAGAGUCGGUCAGGUGUGCUGUGUGGAAACUAGCACCUUGUGGUUUUAUCGUGGAAUUGUUCACCGGAUUAUUAGUGAGCAGUAUGUGGAAGUACAUUAUGUUGACUUUGGAAAUUUUGAUCAAGUGGAGAAGAACAGAGUAAAGUUUCUAAAAUGUGUCUAUUCAAAGCUUCCGGCUCAGGCAGUACCCGCCACUUUGACAUGGAUCAAACCAUUUAAGGAUACUUGGAGUGAAACUGCAAUCAGUGUUUUCCAGAAAUUUUGCUGGGCAAGACCUUUGGUUGCUCUAAUUCACAAGUAUGUGAAUGGGAUCCUUCACCUUUUCUUGUGUGAUACCUACACGCAGGAAGAUAUUUACAUUCACACUGUUCUUCAGAUUCAAGGUUAUGCUGUGCCAUGCAAUCUUGAAGAUAUCAGCGAGGUCACUCCUUCUGAAAACCAGCCCCACUCACCAUGUCAGCCUUUAACACCAGAUGGCAGUGAUGCUACUGAUGACUUCAGUGAUCUUCCAGAGCUUGAGCUUAUAAGUGAGCAAAAUGACCUGCAAGAUGAGUCUUUACAGUGUGAGAUGACCAUGAAUAACGUGGUACAACAAAAUGAGAAGUCUGUGGCCUGCUUGGAAGAUAAAACAUCUUCAAAAAAAAACCCCUACACUGCAGCAGUGGACACUAAUGAAGACCUGAGCUGUAAUCUUCCAUCCACAUCUAAAGAAAUCUACAGUGGGCAGCUGGUCUCGACCCCUAGCAUCUGCAGUCCACCUAAACGAGGAGCAAGACCGAUCUUUCCAGUAUUUGCCGGAGGCAGGCUGUAUGGAGACUUGCACUGCUUGCCCCGAUCUUUUGCCUCCUCCAUCUUGUGACCUUCUUCACAUCUUGCAUUGGCUGCAUAUUUUGUUUGUUGUUAUGAAAGUAUUAUGUAUUAUUAUAUAUGUGAAAUCACUCAUAUCACAGUUGCUUAAUUCAUGAUGAAGUUGUUGUAAUUCAUGGGACACAAGUUGACUUUUUGGAGAAAUAACUACAUUGCUGUACAAGUAGCACAUUUUUAGGACUUUCAUGUUCUGUGAGGUUUUGUAACAUACAGCAAACUAUAAUGUCUAAUUAGGAUGUUAACAGUCAUCAUUCAAGUGUAAAAUUAUUAAAAAGAUUUGUUUCAUGUUUUUGAAGAAGAAGAAUAUUUGCGCAUGACUAGUGACCUUAAAGCCCUGUCCUUUCAUUUCAGGAAAAAGCACCCCUUUUGUUCAGUGUUCAAAAUAUUUUUUAUUUAUUUAUUUGUUUAUUUAUUUUUUUUGACCAGGCCAAACAUUUAUUUUUUUUGUAUUGCUUUAUUUUGUACUUGCAGUAAACGUGCUGUGCUCUAAUUGCCUUAUGUCCUGUGACUGUGUCUUUUUUAUGGUGCUGGAGUAUUAGUUGUUUGCAUAGUGUUUGGUCCUGUUAUUUGUUAUUGUACUACAGUAUAGUCAAGCUAAGACACACAUUUACUUUUCUUAUUUUGCAUUGACUUCCCUGAGACACAAACCCACACUCUUGAUAGGGGAACUUCUCUGAAUAUCAGAAUAAAUAAUGUGGGGUGGCAGCCCUUUUUACUGGAGAACUUGGCUGUAGGGUCCGAAAAGCCAGGUGAAUUG